AUGCCUGCGACGACUGCAGAGACACUCUCCCUUGUGAGCAGACAAGUCUCGGUCGCUCCGCUGGUUCUCCUAUCAGCUGCAGAUCACUACGGCCGCUCGGCCAAAGGGACCCGGAAACGAGUAGUGGGUGUUUUGCUUGGUCAAAACGACGGCAAGAAUGUCCGAGUGUCAAACAGUUUUGCUGUGCCCUUUGAGGAGGACGAGAAAGACCCUUCCGUCUGGUUUCUGGAUCACAACUAUGUCGAGUCAAUGCGGGAAAUGUUCAAGAAGGUCAAUGCGCGAGAAAAAUUGAUCGGAUGGUACCACUCCGGCCCGAAGCUGCGAGCAUCUGAUCUCCAGAUCAACGAGCUCUUCAAGAAAUACACACCAAAUCCUCUCCUCGUCAUCAUCGAUGUUCAACCGAAGGAAGUCGGCGUACCCACAGACGCCUAUUUUGCAAUCGAAGAGAUCAAGGACGAUGGAACAACCACGACCAAGACAUUUGUGCAUACACCCUCAAUCAUUGAAGCAGAAGAGGCAGAGGAGAUUGGUGUGGAACAUCUGCUCAGAGACAUCCGCGAUGUCGCAGUUGGCACCCUUUCCUCUCGAAUCACCCAACAACUGCAGUCUCUUCAAGGUCUCCAUCUACGAUUACGGGACAUCAGCGCCUACCUUCAAAAAGUCCUUGAUGGCGAACUUCCCAUCAACCAUGCCAUCCUCGGCAAUUUGCAAGACAUUUUCAAUCUUCUCCCUAACUUGACCACACCCCCCGCUUCCCGGCCGAACGGGAAAAAUCAAAUCGAGAAUAGCGAGCUGGCUCGCGCCAUGAGCAUCAAGACCAACGAUCAGCUGAUGACCAUCUACCUUAGUUCGCUGGUCCGUGCAAUAACCGCCUUUCAUGAUCUUAUCGACAACAAGAACCAGAACCGGCAGCAGCAAGAAGAAAAAGAGGCCAAGAAGGAUGAGGCUGAAAAGAAGGAGGGUGAGAAGGAGAAGGACGAGAAAAAACCAGGCCCUAACGGUGCGGUAAAUGGGGAUAAGAAAGAGACCGAAGAGAGUGGCAACGGAAAAGGAAAAGGCAAGAAGAAGAGCUAG